GAUGGGCUGCCCGGCGCGGCGCCCCCAGCCUGCGACCCCGCGGACCCUCCCCUCGGCGCGCCGCCUCCGCAGCCGGGGCUCCGGCGCGACUCCGGCCCCGCGCCCCAGUCCCUCGGGCGCCGCGUAGGGCGACGAUAGGUGCCCUUCCGGGACCCGCCGGCUUCAGCCCGGGUCGCAUCGCCGCCAAGCCGCCUUCCGUGGGGCCCUCCCGAGGCCCCGGAGCGGGGACCAUGAAAGUGAGGUCUGCCACCGGCGACGGAGAUGCGUUGUGUGUUACAGAAGAGGAGCUGGCUGGUGACGACGAGGACAUGCCGUCCUUCCCGUGCACGCAGGAGGGCCGGCCGGGGCCCCGCUGCAGCCGCUGUCAGAAAAACCUGUCUUUGCACACGUCCGUGCGGAUCCUUUACCUCUUCCUGGCCCUGCUCCUGGUGGCCGUGGCCGUGCUGGCCUCUCUGGUUUUCAGGAAAGUGGACUCCCUCUCAGAAGACAUCUCACUGGCCCAGGCCAUGUAUGACAAGAAGCUCGUGUCUAUGCAGGAGAAUCUCCAAGGGUUGGAUCUGAAAGCCCCAAACAACUGCUCUUUCUGCCAUGAGGCAGAGCAGCUGGGGCAAGAGAUCAGAAAACUGCAGGAGGAGCUGGAGGGAAUUCAGAAGAUGCUUCUGGCUCAGGAGGUCCAGCUGGACCAGACCUCCCACACCCAUGAACUGCUCUCCACCACCAGCAGUCAAAUUUCCCAGGAGAUGGGCAGUUGUUCCUUCUCCAUCCAUCAGGUCAACCAGUCUCUGGGGCUCUUCCUGGCCCAAAUGAGAGGCUGGCAGGCCACCACAGCUGGCCUGGACCUCUCUCUGAAGGACCUCACCCAGGAGUGUUACGACGUCAAGGCUGCUGUACACCAGAUCAACUUCACCGUGGGGCAGACUUCGGACUGGAUCCAUGGGAUCCGGCGGAAGACGGAUGAGGAGACCCUGACCCUCCAGAAGAUGGUCACUGACUGGCAGAACUACACGCGGCUCUUCAGCAGCCUGCGCACCACCUCGGCCAAGACCGGAGAAGUGGUCAAGAACAUCCAGGCCACCCUGGGGGCGUCGUCCCAGCGCAUCAGCCAGAAUUCCGAGAGCAUGCACGACCUGGUGCUGCAGGUCAUGAGCUUGCAGCUGCAGCUGGAUAACAUCUCGUCCUUCCUGGACGACCACGAGGAGAACAUGCACGACCUGCAGUACCACACGCGCUACGCCCAGAACCGCACAGUGGAGAGGUUCGAGACACUGGAAGGACGCAUGGCAUCCCAUGAGAUCGAGAUCGGCACCAUCUUCACCAACAUCAAUGCCACCGACAGCCACGUGCACAGCAUGCUCAAGUACCUGGACGACGUGCGGCUCUCCUGCACGCUGGGCUUCCACACCCACGCCGAGGAGCUCUACUACCUGAACAAGACCGUGUCCCUCAUGCUGGCCACCACCGACCUGCUCCGGGAGCGCUUCAGCCUGCUCAGCACCCGGCUGGACUUCAACGUCCGCAACCUCUCCAUGAUCGUGGAGGAGAUGAAGGCCGUGGACACGCAGCAUGGGGAAAUCCUUCGCAAUGUCACCAUCCUACGAGGUGCCCCCGGCCCUCCAGGACCCAGAGGACUCAAGGGAGAUGUGGGUGUGAAAGGGCCCGUUGGCGGCAGAGGACCAAAAGGAGACCCCGGCAGCUUGGGCCCCCCAGGACCCCAGGGUCCUCAGGGGCAACCUGGGGACACCGGGCCUGUGGGAGAAAGGGGGCCAGUAGGCCUUCGAGGUUUCCCAGGCCUCAAAGGCUCAAAGGGCAGCUUAGGAGCCGGAGGCCCGAGAGGACAGCCAGGCCCCAAAGGGGAUGUGGGGCCCCCGGGGCCGGAGGGGCCUCCUGGGUCCCCGGGGCCAGAGGGGCCACAGGGAAAACCAGGGAUCGCCGGGAAGACAGGUUCACCAGGUCAGCGGGGCCCCACGGGGCCCAAGGGUGAACCAGGGAUCCAGGGUCCCCCUGGGCUCCCCGGGCCCCCAGGCCCACCAGGAAGUCAGAGCCGCUACUGAGGAGGGACCCAGUCCCGGACGCCGCCACACAGAAUGCGGGAAAGGGGGCUUGGACUGAGCGAGACCCCCGAAAAGCUGCACCUACAGACUUUGUGGUCCUUUGAUCCUGAAGGGGUUCCCCAGGCCUGCCCCUGCACCUCGGGGCUCCCCAGUAUUGACUGUACCAUAGAAAGCAGCCUCCCCACACACGCGCGCACACACACACACACACACACACACACACACGCAUUUCCCUGCUGGCCAGGGGGGCCACCUGGGUGGCCCUGGCUGGGCAGGAGGAGAGGGCAGGAGACCCCCUCUCCUGUGACUGAGCCUGCCAGGGAAGGGGCUACCUCCAGGAGGAAGGUCUUGACUCUGGCUCUGAAUUGGUGACUCAAGCCAGUCUUGCCAGCAUCUGUACACCCCUCCUGGCUGGCAGUUCCCUGAGGCUUCCAGAGGUUGAAAAGACCCAGGAAAACAUUUGCAGGGGAUUAUGGUUCAGAGUCUGGUGAUGAGGUGGAUUUGGCAACCAUGAGACCCUCCCCGUAACCAUGGGGCAGAGUCCUGGGAACAACCCCCGCCUCAUACAGGAUAGAGCAUCUCCACCUGGACCCUGAGCACUGUGCCCCCAGAAUUUCAACAUUUUUCCCCACGUCUUCAGAAAAUUUCUCUCUUAAUCCUUGCAUCUGCCUCUCAGGAGCAUCCCAGAAAGAGACCAAGCUGGAGUUCAUCUGCACUGGGACACUCUCCAGGCCCUGGAGCCAAAAUGGAGCCCAGCACCUGGGAGGCUGGAGGACUGGGCUGAGGCUGUGCUCACUGGCUGUCUGCAAAGCUGCCUCCCUUGCACUGCCGGAGGUCCCACUCCCAUACUGGGCUGAUGACUUUGUGGCGACUGGGGGAGGGCUGACCCUGGGAACAGGGCAGCUCUCCCCUCCUGCAUCAGCCCUCCCCCUGCCCACCCCCCCCCAUCCGUUGUCCCCCUCACUGAGACCUAGAGGCCUCUCUGCACAAGGCAGCACAACCAGAUAAGGCGGGAAGGUGGUGGGGGAGGACUGGCCACAUCCACAAGAGGCUGUCUUUGAUGUCACCUCUCACCCACCUCCAACGUCUUGCAUACACUGGCAGAGAGGCGCCCUGGGGCGUCCCCAGCAGGGCGAACUCACAGGGAGGCCUUCCUUACUUUGUAUUCUAACAGAUAACCACCACCCCAGGGUGGGGGCUGGGAGCUGUUCCCUCCGCAACCCGACCCAGAGACCCUUCCCCCUUCCAGAAGCCCUACUGACCCCCUCUUCUUGUAAUACAUGUGCAACUGGCUUGCACUCCCGACACCCCCAAUGCCAUGUAACCCUCCUGUCUACGUACGAUAUCCUGUCACAUAGUAUCACUGACUCAGUAAAGAGCUGUUUCCAGGA